UUUAUUCAGUUAUGGAAAUGUAAACAUUCGUAAGUUUGCAUUAUCACACCGUUCAUUCUGAGUCGAGUGUCUGCCCCUCAACUACAUAAUGCUCCUUAAAGGAGAAAAUAAUCAAACCUCAUGGAUGUGUGUACAACUGAUGCCACUGCCCACAUACUGACCAAUGACUUGCCAUCCACGACCCCCGUCACACACACACACCCUCUCUUUCUCUCUCUCUCUUACACACACACACACACACACACAGGACAUCAGUCUCCCACUUUAGUCCGCGCUCACUCGCUCUCCACGCGGUUCACUAGACAAAGCGCAGCAGUGCUCCACGCUCCUUUCGUGCGCACCGAUCAUUGGCCGCCCUAUGUGAUGCCAAGUGAGACACAUCCACGGUGCAGGCGGGUAAAUACAGAAGAACCGUUUGCUGUAGAAGACCGAGGCAAGUCUGAAGCGUGCAGGACGAUGGAUGCAGAGUCGUUAUUUUACCACAUUAGAGGCUCAGGCGAGAAUUGACAGAAAAUCCGAACCGAACUUUUUGUAACCUCAGAAACAAGAUUAGAUUUUAAAAAGGGAAAAAAAAGAAGAAGGAAAAAAAAAAGAGAGAAAACAUGGAGCUUUGCGCGCGCAAUGACACAUCCCCGGAGUGCGUCGGAGCGCAGACUGACGCGCUGCAGAGCGGAGCCGCCAACGGCAGCUUGGAGACGUCAAACAGCAGCUACAGCAACAUGUCCACAGUCCUCAUACCUCAGCGCGUGAGGCAGAAAGAUGGGGACCACACACUGCGGAUCCUGCUCUACUCCCUCAUCUUCUUCCUGAGCGUCAUUGGCAACCUGCUCAUCAUCGUGGUGCUGACGGUCAACAAGCGCAUGCGCACGGUGACCAACACCUUCCUGCUGUCGCUCGCCCUCAGCGACCUGAUGAUGGCCGUCUUCUGCAUGCCCUUCACUCUCAUCCCCAGCAUCCUCAAGGACUUCAUCUUUGGAGCGGCCAUGUGCAAGAUAGUGUCCUACCUGAUGGGCAUAUCAGUGAGCAUUUCUACAUUUAGCCUGGUUGCCAUAGCGAUCGAGCGCUACAGCGCCAUCUGUAACCCCCUGAAGUCACGGGUGUGGCAGACCCGGUCCCAUGCCUAUCGGGUGAUCGCUGCUACGUGGGUGCUGGCCUUCAUUAUCAUGAUCCCGUAUCCAGUCAUCAGUCACUUGGAGUCUUUUGAGCGUCCUGACAACACCACUGCUCACCAGUGUCGCCACAAGUGGCCCGUCGCAAUGGCAGAACAGACAUGGUACAUUCUGCUGCUGCUCGUGCUGUUUGCCAUCCCAGGGUUGGUGAUGAUCGUGGCCUACGGACUGAUCUCCAGGGAACUGUAUAGAGGCAUCCACUUUGAGAUGGGCCACAAAAAAGACUCUACUGAUGUGAAGAAUGGACUGACCUCCGCUGUGUCUGCUGGCAGCGAUGAUGGAGAUGGCUGCUAUGUGAACGUCGUCCAGCGGCCGCACUCGAUGGAGAUGUCCGCGAUGUCUUCAUCCACCCGGGCAGCCAAGGCAGAAAGACCCCGCACCAACACAUCGGAGGCCAAGCUGGAGGCCAAGAAGCGAGUAAUCCGCAUGCUGGUGGUCAUUGUUUUCCUAUUCUUUCUCUGCUGGAUGCCUCUGUACUGUGCCAACACCUGGAGGGCUUUUGAUGACGUCACUGCUAAACAAGCCCUGUCAGGAUCUCCCAUUGCUUUUAUCCAUUUGUUGUGCUACACGUCUGCCUGCGUCAACCCAAUUAUUUACUGCUUCAUGAACACACGUUUCCGCAAAGCUCUGCUCACCACUUUCUCAUGCUGCACUGCGCCGUGCCAUCGCCAUCACCGUCGUCGCGGGCUACGGGACAACGAGGAGGAUGUUAUGGCAACCGGAGCGUCCAUGUCCAAGUUCAGCUACACUACAGUCAGCACCAUGGGAAACUGCUGAGGCUGAUGGAUGCAAGCCCACAUCAUUUAUCUUUAGGCCAAAUCUGUGUUCAUGGGGACAGAAAAGUGGAGUUGAAAAACAGCGUGUAGCAGUAUAGAAGCUUGUGAGUGAACUCAUGUGUGGAUUAUUUUGUGGUGCUAUAUGUAAGAAUAGGCCACCUGUCAAAUUCCUACACCACACAAAUUUGAGGCAGCAGAAGGUUGGGGUGUCCACCUGCAUCUAGGUCUUUCUUUCAACAGACAGCUAGCAUAUGAUACCAUCACUCUAAGUAACAUUAUACAUCAGCUUCCUUAAUAAGCCUAUAAAUAGUCAAUGUUGGCAGCUGUUAAUAUACCAGUGUAAAAGAGCAUCCAUCUUCACCCCACUACUUGCCAGAGGCUGUGGAAGAAGAGGAAUGGAAAGCAAGUCGAAGGCAAUGCAAAUGUUCUUUUCCUUGCCACAAGUUUUUUGCUGGGAGCGGGUGGCACAGGAGCAGAGCUACGUUCUCCUUUACUCAUGUUGGACUGAGGACAAACUGGACAGUAACUAUAUAUUGCUUUUUGAGCUACAAAGACGUAUUAUGAGAGAGGAUGGGCAGGGGCUACCUGGAUAGCAUGCUAACUUCAGUAAACAUCUCUGCCAAACAAUAUAUAAACAUCCUUGAUAUAACAUCAAAACUUUGAUUUGAACUGCAAGGAACUUUAAUAUGAAAAAGAGUCUCAUCAUCAGAUUAAAGGUGCAAUAUGUGAGAAUUAGCUCCCUGUCUCUGAUGCUAACCACAUCCAACCAUAGCUGCCAUUCACUAGUUGGCUUAUUUAGCUGUGCAGCUAGCAGUCAGGCCUUAGUGUUUGGCUGACGAAGGAUAUGUUGGUUUUUACACUGCUACCAAAAGAGAUUUUGACCGGUGCAGGCCACUGCUAGUUGUUUAGCAUGCUAACCUCAGUAGCUAUCUGCGCAACACAGUACAUGGACAUCAUGUUAAAAUUGUAUUUGCUUUACAUUAUUCUUAUAAUUUUUGUGUUUUCAACUAUGAAUUCUCACAUGUUACACCGUUAAUAUGAUUUUGAAAUUAAAAUAAUUUUCAAUGGCAGAGUGCUGAGGAUGAAUUUAGGCAUUUUGGCCUGAGGAAUGAAGCUGCUCUGUAGUCUGGUGGAAUGGCAUGUGAUUAAAACAAAAUUUUGUUUCGCCAUCAUCAUAUUAUAAUAAUUAAUCUUAAAUUGCCACUUAUAGAUAAAUACCUCAUUUUCAUGCAUUCUGCAACCAGCUGUGUUUAAAAAAAAAUCAAAAAAAUGAAAGUUCCCUGUAGCAGCUUUGAUUUUUUAAACUAAAAUUCUUACAUAUAGCUCCUCUAUUAAAUACCUGGUUUUACAGUGUAAAUACCUCCAUAGCUAAGCUGAAAAAGCAUUUAAAAAGAAAGACACAGGUAUUUCUUGUUAUGGUGCACCAAACCAGUUUGUUUGCUUAGGCUGUGGGGCGUGUGUGUUGUGCAGAGGAUGUGAGUAGCCGUAGGCUAUGUGAUGUGUGAAGGAAGCAGUUAAAACUUGGCAGUUAUUAUGUAGCCAUAAAAAUGUUAACAUCAUUUGCUGUGUGAUUCCUAAAUAGUGUUUUAUAUUUUGCUGUCAGUUGUGAAUGUUAUUUGUGUUAAUGAUGGUGAUGCAGUUGCCUUGUGGACUAAGUGCCUGGUUCUAAAUACAAUGUUAUACUCUG